AUCAGGUGGCGUCCGAGCGCUUUAUCCUGCUGACUGAUACCAUCAUUUUCAUCCCCGUAUAUAUGUUCGGGGGGUCUAAACUUUGUUGCUCUCCCAAGCUCUGUGGGCGCCGCUAUUGUCAAGUCGGCAAAAUAUUAAUAUUGUCCUUCUUCCCAUGUAAUCUGAACGGGUGCGAACGGGAUUUCACACCAACUCAAACAAUCUACUAUCAUGCCUCCGUGCAUACAUGCAUCUCCACAUGUUUGCUGCACACACACACUUCUUAUGUUAAUCCUGGAGUGUUGGGGAUUCACUUGCUUCGAUCUUUUGCGCCGAUGGCCCGCCCCAAUCAGUUGGUCUGAUCAAGCCGAUCAGACAGUCUUAGUUCAACCACGAACUUGGUCAGUUCAUGCUGCUCGGCGGAGGAGGGUGGCCGGGAGUGCCUCGUUACAGGGGUUUGUUGCAUAGGCUAUGCCAUUUGAUUGAGGACUCAUUUCCAGGUCUUUGGCAUCUCUUGGAAUCGUACUAUUCGCCGUUUGAACGUCAUCAAUCUAUGAAAAUAACUAUCGGAAGGCCAGUGAUGUCUGCACGGCGUUCACAGCUGAUGCCGUUCAUAACUACCUCUUGAAGCAGUUUCAGUGAAAUUCUG